CUCCCCUCGGCCCAGCACCUCCCCGCAGCCGGAGGCUCGGAGGCUCGGGUGGGCCGCCGGGAGUGGAGUGCCGGCCGCCUGUCCCCAGGCCUGGCCCAGCCUCCGGAAGGCAGCCUGGUCCCAGCCCCGCGGGGGCCGCCCGUGGGGGCCAUGUGGCCACACAAAUGACCAGCCAGGCUUCCCUGGAGGCCGGGCCUCCCAGGACUGGCCCAGGAGCUUCCUGCCUGAGAGGCACUGGGGCUGCUUCCGGCGUCUGCGUGCACCUUGGCCCUCCCUCCUCCCCCGUCUGUGUCCUCCCUCGCCUCUGCAGAUGACUAAUGCCUCAGGGCUCCUGGGAGACCCCCUGAUGUGGGCAACCGGGCCGCAGUCCAGCCCCCCGCUGGCCGUGCCCACCGGGCUGCAGGUGGACCGCGUGGGGAACAGCUCCCAGGGCACCUCCCAGCUCUUCCUCACCACGGCGCUGGCCCGCGGCAUCUCGGGCGUCUUUGUGUGGACCGCCCUGGUGCUCACCGGCCACCAGAUCUACCUGCACCUGCGCUCCUACACCGUCCCCGACGAGCAGCGCUACAUCAUCCGCCUGCUCUUCAUCGUCCCCAUCUACGCCUUCGACUCCUGGCUCAGCCUUCUCCUCCUGGGGGGCCACCAGCACUACGUCUACUUUGACUCCGUGCGGGAUUGCUACGAAGCCUUUGUCAUUUACAGCUUCCUGAGCCUCUGUUUCCAGUACCUGGGGGGUGAGAGUGGCAUCAUGGCUGAGAUUCGGGGAAAACCCAUCCGGCCCAGCUGCUUCUACGGCACCUGCUGCCUUCGGGGCAUGUCCUACUCCAUCGGGUUUCUGCGCUUCUGUAAGCAGGCCACACUGCAGUUCUGCAUUGUGAAGCCCAUCAUGGCCUUGGUCACCAUCAUCCUGCAGGCGUUCGGCAAAUACCACGACGGGGACUUCAACAUCCACAGCGGUUACCUCUACGUCACCCUCAUCUACAACGCCUCCGUGAGCCUGGCCCUCUACGCCCUGUUCCUCUUCUACUUCGCCACCAGGGAGCUCCUGCGGCCCUUUGAGCCCGUCCUCAAGUUCCUCACCAUCAAGGCCGUCAUCUUCCUCUCUUUCUGGCAGGGGAUGCUUCUGGCCAUCCUGGAGCGGUGUGGGGUCAUCCCUGAGGCCCAGAUCAUCGAUGGGAGCAGUGUGCGGGCCGGCACGGUAGCCGCCGGCUACCAGAACCUCAUUAUCUGCAUCGAGAUGCUCUUUGCCUCCAUCGCCCUGCGCUACGCCUUCACCUGCCAGGUGUACUCGGAGAAGAAGGAGCGCUCGCCAGCCCCCACGGCGCCCAUGCAGAGCAUCUCCAGCGGCCUCAAGGAGACCGUGAGCCCGCAGGACAUCGUGCAGGACGCCAUCCACAACUUCUCGCCCGCCUACCAGCAGUACACGCAGCAGGCCACACACGAGGCCCCGGGACCCGGCCAGGGCAGGGACCCCUUGCCCAGCACCCACCCUGGCAUAGAUGUUGGCUCCAGCAGGGGCAGGAAGAGCCGCAACAUGGAGAAGAGGAUGCUGAUCCCCGCGGAGGAGCUGUAGGGGCCCCGGGGUCAGCAGCCGCCUCCAGGCCGCUGGGAAAGGAGGACAGGGCCCCUCACCCACCGACCGUCUUGCCAAAGGUCAGGCCUCUCCUAGGAGCCUCCUGCUAGGCCCGUGGAGCCCACUGCCCAUCCCACCUCUGGCCAGUGGAGCAGGUCGCUUGGUAGCCCUGCCAGGCGCCCCGGGGCCGCACCAUCGCCUGGUGGGCCCUCGGCCUCAGAAGAGGGCACCUGAGCCUACCUGACAAGCCCAGGGACCUGCCGGGCUCACCUGGCCAUCGGUUCGGGUGGCCUCCCUGGAUGGACAGCUCCCGGGCAGGGCUGGGCAGCCCGGAGCUGCGGGCCUUACAGGCAGGAGGGCUCCACACUGAGUGCAGGAGGCGGGGUGGGCCCGUGGAGGAAGGGCCGGUGUGGCUGUGGGGCGUCUGGGAGGGGCUGGGGCCACGGGUGGAGGGCUCCGGCUUCCCGGUGAACUACGCUUAUUUAUGCAUAAGCAGCCUGGGUUUUCUAGUGA